AUGUUCCGCUGCAUUCCAAUUUUUAAAGGAUGUAACAGGCAGGUGGAAUACAUUGACAAGCGUCAUUGCUCUCUGCCGUGCGUCCCCGAUGAUAUUUUACGAUACUCGAGAAGUUUGGAGGAGCUCCUACUGGACGCGAAUCAUAUUCGUGAUCUACCGAAGAAUUUUUUUCGGCUACAGAAGUUACGAAAGCUCGGCUUGAGUGACAAUGAAAUUCACCGUUUGCCUCCAGAUAUUCAGAACUUCGAAAAUCUCGUGGAACUGGAUGUAUCCAGGAAUGAUAUACCAGACAUUCCUGAGAACAUCAAGAAUUUACGGGCACUUCAGGUGGCGGAUUUCAGUAGUAAUCCUAUUCCAAGGCUUCCAGCAGGGUUUGUGCAAUUAAGAAAUUUAACUGUUUUGGGACUUAAUGAUAUGUCUCUUACGAAUCUACCGCCUGAUUUCGGAAGCUUAGAGGCGUUACAAUCAUUGGAGUUAAGGGAAAAUUUGCUCAAGUCCUUGCCAGAAUCGCUAUCCCAACUUUAUAAAUUGGAGCGGCUAGAUCUUGGUGACAAUGACAUUGAAGUUUUACCAGCACAUAUAGGAGAAUUACCAGCAUUACAAGAAUUAUGGCUGGAUCAUAAUCAGUUACAACAUUUACCACCAGAAAUAGGAGAAUUGAAAACGUUAGUGUGUCUGGAUGUAUCUGAAAAUCGUUUGGAAGAUCUUCCAGAAGAAAUAGGAGGUCUAGAGGCUUUGACGGAUCUUCAUUUAUCGCAAAAUGUUAUUGAAAAAUUACCUGAUGGGCUUGGAGAAUUAAAGAAACUUACUAUUCUUAAAGUCGAUCAAAAUAGGCUUUCUACUCUAAAUCCAAAUAUAGGCAGGUGUGAAAAUUUACAAGAAUUAAUUCUUACGGAAAAUUUUCUCUUAGAACUGCCUGUAUCUAUAGGAAAACUUCUUAAUCUAAAUAAUUUGAAUGUAGAUAGGAAUAGUUUGCAAUCACUUCCUACGGAAACGGGAAAUUUAAAACAAUUGGGUGUACUAUCCUUAAGAGAUAAUAAAUUACAAUAUCUUCCAAUCGAAGUUGGACAAUGUACUGCUCUCCAUGUAUUGGAUGUGUCUGGCAAUAGAUUACAAUACUUGCCAUAUUCCUUAAUCAAUUUGAACUUGAAGGCAGUAUGGUUAAGUAAAAAUCAAGCACAACCAAUGCUUACUUUUCAGACAGAUGUUGAUGAAGAAACUGGACAAGAAAUAUUAACCUGUUUUCUUUUACCACAAUUAGAAAUUCAUCCAGAUGAUUCAGGAAGACUUGGUAUGCUUGCUGGAAUGAGAAAUGCUGUUCAAGAUGGUGAAAUACGUGAACUUGGUAGUAGUGAUGAUGAAGGAUGGCAAGAAAAAGAAGCAUCAAGAACGCAUUCUGUCAAGUUUACAGAUGAACCUCCAGAAACUGAUAAGGAGACACCUUUUGUACGACAAAAUACACCUCAUCCCAAAGAAUUAAAAGCAAAAGCUCAUAAAUUAUUUAGUAAAGGAAAAAAUGACAGUCGUUCAGCAUCUACAGAUGAGCAAGAUGUUUCUCAAACAUUUGGUUUGGACAAAACUGAAACUGAUGUUUCAACAAAACCUAACGAUUUGACAGUUGAUUUGAUAGAACAAGAAUCAUUAAAACAUGAAUCUGUAGAAAAUGAACAAAAAGAAAUUGUACCUGGAGUAACUGAUAAUAUAGAUGUUCAAUCUAGUAAUGAACCAGAAAUAGUUUCUAAUCAAUAUAUAGUAGAAUCUAAUACUGACGUAAGAACUGAAGGUUCAAUAUCUGAGUUAAAGGAUAGAAAUGAUAAGGAGGAUGAUGAAUCUGAAAAUGAAGAAACACAAAGACAUGUAGAAUUUUCUAUAGCUGAAGGUACAGAUUAUGAUGGUAGUGGUGAUUCAAAUAGACCAAAUAGACUUCAUCGUAGAGAUACUCCACAUCAUUUGAAAAACAAGCGAAUUCAUACAGCAGUGGAUAAAGAAAAAGUAGCAUCCAUUAUUGCACAAGCACUCAUGAAAAAAAAUGAUGAAAUUUCCACAUCCACAUCAGCACCUGCAGAAACUACAGAAAAUUUUGAUGCUCAAAGUCAAGAUGCGAUUUCAGAUGCUGAGCCGACAAUAGAAGUACGAGAAGAACAAUACGAAAUUCACAUCGAAAGAACAACAGGUGGUCUAGGCUUAUCAAUAGCUGGUGGUAUUGGUUCAACCCCUUUUAAAGGCGAUGAUGAAGGCAUUUUUAUUUCCAGAGUUACUGAAGGUGGACCUGCAGAUUUAGCAGGUUUAAAAGUGGAAGAUAAAGUAUUAUCUGUUAAUGGUGUAUCAGUAGUAAAUGUAGGUCAUUAUGAUGCUGUAGAAGUUUUGAAAGCUUGUGGACGAGUUCUUGUAUUAGUAGUUCAAAGAGAAGUUACAAGGAUAGUGCCUCCAUUUGAACAGCAGAUAUCAUCGAGAAAAAACUCAGUGUGCUCUAGUUUAAGUACUAGUAGAGCUCCAAGUGCAACAUCUCAUGUUUCAUCUAUAGGUUUUUCACAUAAUUUAGAAAAUGGUGAUGCUUUAUCUCAUGAUGCUAUUAAGUGUAAGAAAAUUCCUGAACCUAUAUCUUCAACAAAAGUAGGCAAUGAACCAAUGGUAUCAGUUCUUGUUCACACAACAUUAAUACGGGACCAAAAUGGGCUUGGAUUUAGUAUUGCUGGUGGAGAAGGUUCUCCACCAUUCAAAGACAAUAGUGAUGCGAUAUAUAUUUCAAGAAUAACAGAUGGCGGCGUAGCACAAAAAGAUGGUAAAUUAUUAGUUGGAGACAAAGUAAUAUCUAUUAAUGGAGUUGAGAUGAGAGGAGCUAAGCAUGAACAAGCAGUUGCUUUAUUAACAGGUUUAGAAAGAUUUGUUCGAUUAGUAGUUGAACGCGAAAUACCAUUUUCGCAAGCAAAUGCAGCUACGGUCGUAACACCUUCAGAAAAAUCACCACGAGUGAUCGGUGCACCUAAACCAUAUACAGGAUUAUAUAAUGCCAAUAGUUAUAUAGCAAAUAAACCGGGAUAUACUGGAUACAGACGUUCUAUAGAUGCUGAUAGAACAUUAUCUCCAAGCCCUACUUCGAAAACGCCUCCACCUAUGAAAAUUGAAACUACUGAAUUACCGAAAAUGAACGGUGUUACAGAAUCAGGAAAUAUUAAAAAUGUUUCUUCGAUAUCACCAAGUCCAACAAAUAGCCAACUACAUCCACAGCCUGCUCCUAGGCACAGCAUUUCGCAACCAACAAUUACACCUACAACUACUACGAGUUCAACGCCCACAUCUUCUACAGAACCUAGGUCAACCUCACCCCAGGAAGAUAUACAGGUACCCAAGCCUAUCACCAAUGAAGAAUUUCAGGCUAUGAUUCCUGCUCAUUUCCUUCGUCCUCCUACUUCCUCACCAUCGCCAGAUUCCCAUCAAGGCCCUAUCGUGACAGUGACAAUAAAACAGCCUGAUAAUCUACCUGGAGAUGUUAAUUUUCCUCCGGCUCCUACAACACUUGGUAAAGUUACUGAGACCAUCACAAAGAGCACUCUCACCGAGACCGUCGUAACUAGGGUGACUGAAAAUCAAUUGGUACCACCAGUAAUUAUUGAGGACGUGAUUCUUGUAAAAGAGGGAUCUCUAGGAUUUAGUAUUAUUGGUGGUACGGAUCAUUCAUGCACUCCAUUUGGUGCAAAGGAACCUGGAAUAUUUAUAUCUCAUGUCGUGCCUGGUGGUAUAGCUGCAAAAUCUGGUAAAUUAAGAAUGGGUGAUAGAAUACUAAAGGUAAAUGGUACUGAUGUAACAAAAGCUACUCAUCAAGAGGCUGUGAUGGAACUUUUGCGACCAGGAGAUCAAAUAGUGCUUACUGUCCAACACGAUCCACUACCCGAAAAUUAUCAGCUGGUCGAAAUAGAGUACAUCCCUGUGACAGAAUUAGUUAUUACAAAAGAACCAGGAGAGAAACUGGGCAUGCAUAUUAAAGGUGGACUUCGAGGACAAAAAGGUAAUCCACUUGAUCAUACAGAUGAAGGGGUUUUUAUAUCCAAAAUCAACUCAGGUGGUGCAGCUAAAAGAGAUGGAAGACUGAAAGUUGGAAUGAGACUAUUAGAAGUUAAUGGUACAUCAUUAUUAGGCGCAACUCACCAAGAAGCAGUAAAUAUAUUGCGAUGUUCAGGAAAUACGAUUACUUUGGUGGUUUGUAAAGGAUAUGAUAAGAGUGAAAUUGAACCAGUAUUACCAAUAUCCGAUGGAAGAGAUUCUAAGGAAUCUAGAACAUCCAAAGAAUUAAAGGAUGCUACAACAGAAGGUACUAAAUCGUUAUCACAAAGUAUAUCCAGUCUGGAUCGCGAUGAUGAAGAAGCAGCAACUCUUAGACAAGAACAGGAAAUGAAAGCUGAACUUGUCGCAUGGGAACAAGAAGAAAGAGAACGUGCUUUGCUUGAGCAUAGAGAAAAAUCUACUCCUGAAAAAGUAUUAGAUGUAGUAAGAGCAGCUGAAUCAUUAGUAAGCAAAUCAAAUAGUCCGGUUGAUAUGGUCGUACCACCAAAGUCACCAGGUGGUACGAAAGAUCUCAAAACAACCACUAUUGUGAUGAGCAAACAUACUCUAGCACCUCAAAAUACAAAUUCACUGAGGAAAGAGAGAACUGGAACAUCAGUGGACAAUCCAUCGCCCAAGUCUCCGAUCUCUACUUUAACUCCAUCGAUGAAUUUCGAUCACACUACUGCUGUCCAAAGCUUGCCCUCUCCAAAGAAAAAAAGUUCCAUACCAAAACGUAGUAUUACAUUUGCUGAUCUUCCUCCCAUUUCUAAAGAACCAAUUAAUUAUUCCAUUUCGGCGAAAGAAGAUCCAUCACCUUUGCAUGAUAGUAAAUUUACUUUCGAUCCUCAAACUAUUUCUUAUAAGAAAGUCUAUCAAAAUCCUAUCCAAGCUACUCAUUCUCGUUUCAAACUUCCUCCUACACCUUUAACUGCUCCUAAAUCUAUAGAAGAUUAUGGUACUUCAAUUUCUUUUGGUAAACGACAGAACGCACGCUCUGUUGAUGGGAAUAGUCAGGUUGAGCUUUCUCCAACAACAUCACCAACACCACCUCUAGUAAAGAUGUCGGUUAGUGAUAAAAAAAAAUUGUUUGAAAGUGCCAUGGAGGAACAUUUAAAACCUUCCCCUAAACCAGAAAAAGUAUUCAGUUUUCUAAGUCAGGAUGAAGUUGAGAAAAUGAAACAAGAAGAAGAAAAGAAGAUUGCUACUCUAACGCGGGAUGAAUUAAAGUCGUGGGCACAACUUGAUGAAAAUGAAGGUUUGGAAGAUUUAGAAGAAACAUUAGAAGAUCAGGAUAAUCGGCGACCUAAUAGCCGACUGAGUUCGCGAACUUCGAUCCCUCUUCUGCAAAAUCUUCCAAGCAGUGUAAGGACAGCAAAAGCAGAACGCCGCUUGAAAGAAAGAUUAAUACAGGAGGGUAUAAUUUCGGAUGAAGAUGAAGAAAGUCAUUUAAGUCCUGCCGAACAGAGAGCGUUAAGAGCAGAAAAACGUGCGGCAUGGAGACAAGCACGUUUGAAAUCUCUGGAACAAGAUGCUCUUCAAGCACAGAUAGUAAUUAAAAAAAUGAGUGAAAUGAUGGACACGAAUAAAACAAGUUCAAUGCAGGAUUCUACAGAUAUUCCUAUUACUCCUGUUUCUGAAUCGGAAAAGACAACUGAUUUCACUACGUUACGGCCGUCUAGUGCAGAUUUUCCCAAACUUGCUGUACGUAGCAAAGUGGGUCCCCCUAAAGAGAUACGCGAAUCCGAGAAAGUAGUGGACGAGAAGGUCACUCGACGUACUGAGGAAUAUGUGGAUGAGGUGACGGGUGAACGACGUGUGCGAACAGUCGAAUACGUCGAGAAACUCAUUGAACGACAGGUUGAAACUCUACGAGAAAAGAUAAUAUCAUUGGAAUUAAGUAAUGCAGAAGAUGAAAUAGAAAGUAUUACCGGUACAGGAGCAAGUGAUGCUGAAAGCGAAAGCGAAGAAAUUACUGUACAACCUCCUACUAUGACUACUUUACAAGAAAGAAAUGAAACAAUUAUAUCUACAAAUGAAGGUGCCGCACCUAAAAUAAGUGCAAAUACUGUUCUUGUUUCAAAAAAAAAGAAACGAAAACGUUCGAAGAAAGGUCGUCAUUGACCUUAAAUAAAAAUUUUGGUGCAAGAAAAAAGACAUAUUUAAAAAAAUUUGUGAAAUUUUUUUUUUGUUACAUAAUUGUGAAAGUGUGUUCUAAUAUUGUUCUAUUUUUUACAUUUCAGAAUUCGAAUUUUUAUUAUAGCGGUGCAUAUAAUAUAAAUAAGUUCUUCAUUAUGCUUUGCAUUUUUGAAGCAUAUACAGAUAUAUAAUUUUACAUUCAUUUAAUUGAUGAUAACUGAUUAGAUUAUUAAAAUUGCGUUUAUUAUUAUUUUUUUUUAUAGAUCGUGCUAUAUUUCUGAUAUUAACAUACUGAUUUUAAAAUAAUGCAUUAGUGUAUUAUAAUUUUCUUGGACUGGUGCAACAUAAUAACAAAUAAUAAUCUAUUUCUUUAUUUUUUAUACAUUGUUUCAUAAGAUUUGACUUUUUACAAUAUUGUUAAAAAGUAUUUGAGUGCUGAAAAUAUUAGGAUAUAAAAUUAAAAUAGUAUUUUUACAAUCAAUACAUGGUCAUAUAUAUGGUCAUAACUAUCUUAUAAAAUGUAUUUAUUAAAAUCCAUUCGCAUGAAAAGUUGAUGUGAUUUGAUAUUACAUUGUUCUAUAUAAAAUGAUACACAUUCCUUUUUUGCAAUUUUUGUUUUGUUUUUAAUUUAAAAAAUAUUAUAUUUUAAUUAAUAUAAUAUAAUAUAAUAUAAUAUAAUAUAAUAUAAAUAAUUUCUCAAUUUAAAUAAAAAUACAAAAACGGUAUUUUGAUAGAAACGAAUAAUAUAAAUAUUUAAAAAUAUUUAUAAAUAUUUAAUUCAAUCAUAGUAUAUGUAUAAUUCUUAGUUUUGAAUAAUAUAUUUAAAAAAUUAUUAAUUAAGUUUAAAAACAAAAAAUGACAUGAAUUAAAGCUAGUUAUUGUGCUUCAUAAAGUACUUUUUUUUUUUUUUUUUUUUAGAAAGAGGUAAAUUAAUAUGUAUGUAAUAUAAAACUAUUUUAUUUUAAGAUUCAUUCUAAACUAAAAGUAUAUAUAUAUAUUUAAAUUAAUUGUUAAAUCAAUUGUGUCUUUAAUUUUCAUCUUUAGAAAAAAAUUUAUUUAAAGUUCUUUUAUUCAUUUUAAUAUCAAAGUUGCUAGUAAUAUAAUAAGAGAAAGAAUACUAAGUAUUAAAUUUUUUGUUUAAAAUUUUUUUCUAUAUGUAUUUAUAAGCUUGUUUUCAUUUAAUGUAUUUAUUUUAAUUAUAUUUUUUAUUAAUAUAUUUUAAUUUACAAUAUAUACGAGUUAUAUAAUUUUGUAAGCAAAUAAUUAAAUAUUCAAAUAUUCAAAUAUUCAUAAAAAAGGCAAUAUAUAACAAAUAUAGAUAAAAAUAUUAAGUACUAAAAAACAAAAUAUAUGAAACAUAUAUUAUUUCUGUAAUAAUUAGUAAAUAAUAAUAUUUUUUAAUAUAUAUUACGAAAUUGUAAUAAAAUAUAAUUUGCAUUUACAAAUUUUUACAAUAUUUAUUUAUAUAAUAAAAUAAAGGAAUAAAUAGUUUCAUUAUUUGAUACAAUACAAACUAAUUAUAAUCUUUGUCAUUUGUAAUCUCAUUUAUUUCAAAAGUCUAAGUUGAAAUUGCAACAUAUAAAUUUGAAAAUAAAAAAUGAUAAUAAUUUAAUUAUUUUCAUUUCAGAUUUAAUAUUUUUUUUAUUCUUGAUAUAUUUAUAAUAAUAAGAUAAAUUAUUUUAAAUAUAAUAAUAUCAUUUUAUAUAGAUCAUAUAAAAUAUUUAAUGAACAGACCAUAUUAUUAAUACUAAAAUAUGUAUAAAAUUAAAAUAUAUGAUAUAAGCAAGCAUUAAUUGAGGAUUACUAUUAACUGCGGUGUAAAGUGCGAUUAAAGGAGUGCGGGACCAAUUUAAAUUAUUAAAAAAAUUGAUUUAAAAAAAAAUAUAACAUUUUUGUCUUAUAAAAAUUAUAAAAAAAAUUGAUAUUUAUUAUGAAGUAAUAUAAUUAACGUGGCAUUUUCAAAAUUAUAUAUAAAGUGCCAAUAUUUAUCAUAUAUUUAUAGACAUAAUUUUUAAAAAUAAAUAUUUUUUAAAUGUAUAGCAUAAAAGUUGAAAUUUUUAUAAUAUUAUUUUAUAAUAUUUUAUAAAAUUCUUUAUGAAUUUUUAAAAAAUGUAUAUUAUUAUUCUUUAAUAUAUAUUACUUACAACAAUUUAUCAAGUCGCAUAAUUUUUUAUGGAAAAUGAAUUUACAAUUGGAAACUCUUAUGUUUAGAAGUACUUUACAUCGGUGUUAAAUCAAAUAAUAGAAAUAAAUGUGUAUGUAUUUUUUAAAACUUUAUAUCCAGUCUUAUAAUAAUUUUAAAUAAUUAUAAAAAGAAAAUAUGUUCUAUUACAUAUAUUUUAUAUUUUGAUAAGAAUUUAUCAGAUAUUUGAUUAUAUUAAAUAAUAAAUCUAAUUUAUGUAAGUAAAUUAAAAUGUAUUUAACAUAAAAAUAAAAUAAAAAACAUUUCAUGUAAUUAAUAUUUGAAAGACUAUAUAAAGUUGACGUAUCAAAACAUAAAUAUUUAUUUAUCUAAACUAUAUUUAUUGUUUUCUAUUAAUACAAUAUUUAUACAAUUUUUACAAUGUUCAAUAAAUUUAUAAAUACAUAAUAUAUGUAAAUGAAAGAUAAUCAUGAAACAAGAAAAGAAAUAAUAUAUCUUAAUCUUUUUAUAUUGAUUUUAUUAUAUUGAAUUAAAAUAAAUGAAAUUAAAAUAUAUAUAAAGAUAAA